UUCCCUGGACGCUGGAAGGAGGAAGACCUCUUCGCCGGGUUUUUUUUUUUGUUGUGACAAGCGUGUCUGCUCGUCGUUUUCCCACGAACAAAAAAUGUAUUACAAAUUCAGUGGUAUCACGCAGAAGCUAGCGGGGUCUUCUCCGUCGACGGCCUACGCCCCCCAGGGUUUGAGGCCAAUCGUGCCGGCCGAAUCGUCCUCCAUGAUCUUUGCCACGCCCACCAAAGUGGUGUCAGAAGCGGGACCCGUGGUGGAGUACAUGGGGACCAACAAGGUGCCUGACUUCCAGAGGAUAUUCCAGACAUCUGACGGCAUCCCUGUUCACCUGAAGCGCGGCGUCCCCGACCGGCUGCUGUACCGCACCACCAUGGCCCUGACUGUAGGGGGCGCUCUCUACUGCUUGGUGGCGCUCUACAUCGCCGCCCAGCCCAAAAACAAGUGACAGACGCUCGCGAACCAGAUUCUCACUCGACACUUUUUUUGCCACGUUUUCCGCCAAGCGGCCCGCUUCAGUACGGUUUAGAAUAUUAUUGCGAUGAACUCGCAGAAAACGACAACGGGGGCCGUGUUAUUGACACUGGAAGACUGCCAAAAAUGAAACCGUACCAAAUCGUGACGAACCGUACCGCUUGGCGGAAACGGCUGUUGACAUGUCAGUAUGUCAACGCAACGAUGAGCCUCCAUUUUCCCCUCUGCGAUACCUUUUGGAAAUCUCAAAAAUUAACAAUUUAUUUCGUACAAAAAAAAAUGUCUUUUUUUUUUUUAUAAAAAAAAAAAUAUUUAAUUCAAUAAAUUGUAAGGAAAAACAAAUAAA